UCCAAACAUAAAGCAGUUCCAUAUACACCACAUUUUGCAGACACGCUAAUGCAGAGGCCAUUUGGAUUCCGUCUUAUGCAGCAAGAAGCAUGAUGAACACAAGGAGUUCUAAAGUUUUCUUAAGUUUACUGGUAGCUCUGUUAAUAUCUGACCUGGGCCUGUGGAGACAUGACAGGAGGAGAGACAUUUCAGUUUUCUCCUCCCCUUUCCACAGUUCAGAUGGAAUCUGCCUCAAUGGUGGACUGUCUGUUUCUUCCAUCAUCACUGGUGAACACUUGUAUUGUAAUUGUCCUCAUGAUUUUACUGGGACACACUGUGAAAGAGUGAAAAGCAUCGGCUGUUAUGAAGGUAUGGGAUUGAACUACAGAGGCACCGCUUCGAGAUCAGUCAGCGGAAAAACAUGUGAGAACUGGGAUUCGCAUAACAGAAGACGUUAUUUGUCCUCAGACCUUCAUGCUGGGAGACACAACUACUGCAGAAACAUCCAGUACAGGCUACGUCCAUGGUGUAACAUUAGGAAAAACGACCAGCUGGUGAGGGAAUAUUGUGAUAUCCCCGUCUGUGAUGUCAAACCUUUCACGCUUGCACCUACAGCUGGACCAACCAAGCCACAAACACCUACACUGCAGACAUGUGGUCAUCGGACUGUAAGAAGGCAGAUGAAGAUUGUGGGUGGAACAGUUGCUACUGUGGAAUCCCACCCGUGGGUUGCUGCCAUAUUCUGGCGCUCCAAAUCAAAGACGAAAGUGUUCCGCUGCGGGGGCAGUCUGAUAUCCUCCUGCUGGGUCAUCACAGCUGCCCACUGCUUCCCUGAAGGCUAUCAGACGAGGCUUCGACGCUUGUCCGUCACACUGGGGAAAAACGCCCUCAAUGAGAGUGACCCGACCGCUGAGCAAACCUUCAGAGUGGAGCAAAUCUUUAUUCAUGAAGGAUUCAACAUCAGCCUACAGAACUACAACAAUGACAUUUCUUUACUGAAGUUGAAAGGGAAAGAUGGAAAAUGCACAGAGGAGACCAACUGGGUGAAGCCUGUCUGCCUGCCUCCGCCUCUUCAGAGUCUCCAACCCGGGUUCACCUGUGAGAUCGCUGGUUAUGGGAAAGAGAAAUUUGGUUUGUGGUACCUGUCUCAGUACCUUAAGGAGGCUCGGGUGAACCUCAUUGCUGAUGAUGUGUGUCGACAGGAGGAAUAUUAUGGAAAUAAGGUCAAUAACAACAUGUUUUGCGCCGCGCGUCCCGACUGGAGCCAGGAUGCCUGUCAGAGUGAUUCAGGAGGACCACUGGUAUGCGAAUUUCACAACAGAUUCUUUCUCUUUGGUAUUAUUAGCUGGGGUGAUGGAUGUGCAAAAGAAAUGAAACCUGGUGUUUACACCAGAGUUACCAACUAUAACCAAUGGAUAGAAGAAAAGACAAGUCUUCCCUUCACUACUGCUGGAACCAUGUUCCCUCAGAAGUGACUUAGAUCUGAUCCUAUGAGCUUCUAAUGUAAAGAAUAUUCACUAAUCCCACUAGACUGUGCUUACAGGAAGAUCCAUUUGGAGAAUAACAUAAAUUUUUUAUUCAUUGGUUAACACUCCUUCUGAGCUCCAAAGGUACUUUAAUUCUCAAUGUUUGAUAAACUUUACUGAAAUAUUAAGCCUUUGAAUUUCUUAGGGUUUAUUUUUUAAUUCAGUUAAUCAACUG